AUGGUCCUCAAUCCCCCACCGAAGCGCUCAGCGCCGGCAGAGCCUAAUCUAGUAGCAAAGAAAAGGAAAGCAUCUACGAAAGGUGUAAAUUCAUGUCCUUACCCAGACUGCGGGAAAACAUUCACGAAGCCAUGUCGCCUUGAGGAGCAUAUUCGUUCUCACACCGGGGAAAGACCUUACAUAUGCACUGCGGAUCCAGAGAAUUGCGAUAAAAGGUUUUUACGAAAUUCGCACCUAAAGGCCCAUGUAAAAGCAUUGCAUACGAAAGAAAAAUCAUUUAAAUGCACAUUUAUGAUUGUUCCCGGAAACGAGGAAGAUCGGGGUGCUUUUGGGUUUAAGAGGAAGGCACCCGGAGGUGCCAUCGAGCAAAAUAAUGGUGAUGGGAAGGAACCUAGAGAGUGUGGGGCAACUUUCACCACAAAUCAACAUUUAAAUAGGCAUUUAGAGAGUCAUAUGAAAAGUCUCCCUCAUGUGUGUACAGACUAUCCUCCAUGCUCGGAAGGAUUUCGGAAACGUGGUCCAUUACGGCGUCAUAUCCGCGAGGUGCACCUUAAAUUAUUACCAUGGGGAUGCACGUAUAAGGACGUAGAAAAUCCCGAGCAUGGGUGUACGGCUGCUUUUGAUACCAAAGGAAAAUUGGGAGGUCACAUAGAUAAAGUUCAUAAGGGCUUAAUACCAGCACUCUAUACCUGUGCCAUGUGCAGUGCUUAUACAGAAGGCGAAAAAGGACCCGAGCCAGCGCCUGGGGAAGAAAUUAUUGUCACGCCAAGGCAAGGAACAGAGCAAGAAGGCAACAAAACAUCAACAGGAAAUCCAGAUCUUUGUAAUGGUGGAAUUGUUGAAAAUCUCAGUCCAGAAUCCUCCACCCCCUUUCCAGUGGUUCGUUCCAUGCUUGUCACCAAACCAGUGGAGAAAAUAUUUUAUCCUGAAACUGCCAGGUUGCAGGGUAAAAUCGGGUUUAAAACAUAUCUAGAGCUUCGCCGUCACACAAUACACAUGCAUCCUCCUACCUGUGUUCAAUGCCGUUACACUUUUAAGAACGCCAGAAAUCUAAAAGUCCACAUCGCAAACACUCAUGGUGCCCUUCUAGAAGAGAGAAGACAUCAUAUUUGUGAGCAAUGUGGCACGGGUUUCACAAAGAAACAUGCACUAAAAGUUCACGUCCGUCGAGUACACGAGGACCUUCGCCCUUUCGCCUGCGUAGACUGUCCCAAAACCUAUGGCUAUAAAUCUCAGCUCCAAAUACACAUCGAAAACCAUCAUUCCGGUCGCAGAAAGCCCUGCAGAAAGCCACGCGGUAGAUCCACCAAGAAACCGAAUCUUAUUCAACAGCUUACCGGCAUGGGGUACGAAGAAAGCGGGAGGAAUAUCGAAUGUGUUGUCGACAAUUGCGAUUAUAGAUUCGUUAGAAUUUACGAUUUAAAAGUACAUUUGAGGAGUCUAAAGCACCAUGGAUUUGAUGAAGGUCAGGUGGAAGAAUUGAUCAUUGAUGCAGAGGGGGGUAGACGAGAAGAAAACGGGGAAUAUAACGAGAAUGAUGACGAGGACGAGGAUGAGAUGACGGAUACAGACAGCUCUGGUAGUGGGAGUGAUGAGGAGAGCGAUGUAAUAGCGGAUGGAAUGGAAUAUGUAAAUUUAUGGGAUGAUAUGGGUGAUAUGGAUUUGGAUAAAGAGAGUGGAGAUGUUUCUGGGGAGGAAUGA